UUCUUUUUGUUACGUUUAUGAAAAAAUAUUUUUUCAUCAACUCCAUUGACUUUUCUAUUUUGCUCGUGGGCUUUUUAGUGGUUUAGAUUUUUCACAUACGUAGUGCAUUAAUCGUUCAAUCAUUUAGUAGGAUAUAUUGGAAAUAGCCAAUCAAAUGCGAGAACACAGCGCCAUGAUGGAUAUUAUGGAUGGGGCUUAAUAUGUUCAUGUGUAGUUGCCCGAAAGGAAAGCCAUUUGGUUCAAAAUGGUUUUAAACUAUGAAACGUGAGAAACCGGUAAAAACUACUGAGCAUUUUGUUAUAUUCCGCGAAUCGUCUUGAUUAUAAUGGGGUCGUUAAGCGCGUCAUUCCAUAAAAAUGUUUUCCUCCUCACACAGCUGGUCCAACCGAGUGAGGAUUUCAAGAAAUAUUUCAAAGAGGGAAUGUUCAGUAAACCAAACACGAUAGGAUUCGUUCAUGUCACACAGUAUUUACUAUCGGUGUAUGAUGCCGAGCGUUUUAAAAAGCUUGUGGAAUGGCCUGUAAUUUGUAAAAGAACCGAGACCAAAUACCGUAACGAUGUGAGAGAAUAUUUAGGACGUUUAUCAACUGAAAAUCCUGAUAUAGGUUUUCCUACGAUUCUUGCUUCCCAUUUGCUUCAUGCUGGAGGGACAAAGUUUACAAUUAUCAUGUGGAGGUUGUCUCAGCUCGUUUUGAGAUCCUACCUUAAAAAGGAAGGCCAUUAUAAUGUUUUGUUUGCGCCGAAACCUGGAGAUGUAGAGGAAUUGACAAAAAACCUGUUAAAUAAUAUUAUUGCAAAGACUUACAGUAAAAUAGUUGAAAUUGACUCUGGAUUUACUGUAACUUUUGAAAAAUGUAAAAAUUGUGCACAAAAUGAAAUAGAAGAAUUAGGCAGAAUGAAGAUUGAUCUCUUCGAAAGAAAGAAAACAUUAUUGGAGAAUAUAUCACAGGCACCAGUUGAUGACAUUGUUAAAAAGCGGUUGGAAGAUAUUGAUAACGAACAGAUUAUUGAUAUGUGGAAAAAAAGUAUCAAUGAGAACAUAAAAACCCUUGAAGAAAGGCAAAAAUCAUUGAACGCUAUUGCAAGUCUGAGCGAAGAUGUAAAUGAUAUCAUACAAGGUAUUCUCAGUGAUUCUAAAGUUUUGGACGCGAACAACCUUCCAAAAGUUGACAUUGGUGCUCUUUCAAGAUCUAAUGUCCAUCCAGAUAUCCAAGUACUUUCACACCAAAUAUAUGCAGAUGGCAAAUUAGUAUACGCAACUUUUUUUUCAUUAUUUUGUGCGGUACUGCAGCAAUUAUCUCGACAUCUUAAAAGUAAUCCUUUACCAGAUUUAUCUGGAUGUGUUUUACAAGUUAAAGCCAGUUGUGAGGAUGCAAAGACAAUACUUAGCCGUUUCCAUGAACUAUUGGACAGGAUAAAAUCCUUUUCUAUAGACAUUCAAAACAACAGGAGCCAUAAUAAACAAAAACAUGCAUUUGUUGAUGAUGUAUUUUAUUUUGAUAGCACACUUCUGAUGCCAUCACCAGUAAUUCGAAUUAAUACUAAUGAAGAUGAGAAUAGGUGUGAUAUUCAUAAUCGAUUAAGAUUAACUCCUAUUGAAGGGCACUAUAAGACAUUAUUUUCACGACAUAAGCGCGUUGAUGAUGCAGUUUCGAUAAAAAUGGGUACGAAUAUGUUGGUGUCACGUAUUAAUUUUGAUGAUUCAGUUUGUAAUAUUAGUGAGAUCCGAUCUCCUAAGCGUACUGUUUCAUGUAAGAGCAUGUGGCCUACAGCAAAAAUUGCAGGAAAAUAUUCUCGACUGUUUUCUUCAUAUUCAAAGAAAAACUACGAUAAAGCAAAUAGCAGCAUAAUGUCUAUACCAAGUUCUUCGAAAGCGAACUCAACAGCUAUAACGAGUGCUACUAGAGAAAUUAACAAUGAAUUGGAAGAUAGUUUGAAUGUGACUGCACACAGCCUAUUCAGUCUUUGUAAAGAAUCCUGCUCAACUGAAAAACGCCCACAGAAAGAUUUUUUUCAUGAAAAUGUUUAUACCACCCCUCAACUUGAUGCUAUUCCAGAGAGAAACUUUGAACCCGACAUAUGUGAAUUUACAAAACCAGAACUGAUAACCGAUAUUUCGACGAUACCAAAACUUGACGAAACGCCGGAAAAAGGAAGAAGGCGUUCGAUUGGCGAUUUAGUGGUGCGUUAUAAAAGACUAAUAGAGGCUUCACGUGCAAUGCCAAGUUUAGAAAGUAUCACUUUCGAUGAUAACCAGGGCGACAAUGAAUUGCUUUAAUUAAUUUUAAUUCAAUAAUGUUAUUACAUGUAUGUAAAGUAAGUUGUUGAUAUAGAAUGAACUGUAUAUAAAUUGUGUUUCUGCAGUUUGAAUUCAUUAACCAUAUGUUUUUAAAAUAAAUAAGCAGCAUUGAGCUUGAAUGCCUAAAUUUAAAA